CGAAGGCUCACCCACUCAACCUGCCCCCUCCCGCAUAGCUCGGGAAAACACCAUCAACCGACCUGCCGUGUUUGGUCGACAAUGCGGUCUACGUUUUCGUUCGCCUAGCUACUAGCUGGUCAAGUCCCGCUGUGGAAAUGAUCACGACAGUGUGGACGCGAAUUGGGCCGCCUCGAGUCUGCGUGACUCUGUCCUCAGUGCCCGAACGUUCUGGCUCAAUGUGGCACAAGCGAAUAGAUUCCAACAACAGCCGCAUCUCGCCGUACCACGAGUCACUGUACAUUCCUUGGGGUCGACACGAGGGCAGGUACCGACACACCACGUAUACGAGACUUGCAGAUGCUAUGCUAUCAUCUACAUACAGACUUGGCACACUGCAGUCCGGAUCUGCACAUCUGCACAAGGCCACCAGCAACGUCCGGGCCGGCCACUUAUCGCAGCCGCUGCAUGUGUUUCCUAGGCCCUUCCUGGAUACAGCUCGAUAGUGCCCCGCAAGGAGGUUGGGUCAAGAGGGGGAUCAAGGCACACGGCCCCAGUCAGCGAAAACUCUCAAGUCGACAUGGUAAUAUGCUUCCAGUACUAAAUGGGUCAUUUAACUUGCUAAAGUCGUUGCGGGGACCAUUGGCUUUAGCGCGGCGGGUAAGAGUGCCCCAAAAUAGCAAGGAGCACAGAAUGACCCCAAAUGUCGACAUCAGGCUGCACGCCAGAGACUAGUCGUCCAAUCAAUGUGC